UUCCACAAAACAGAGAAGGAUAUCCUAGGCUUGUUUUUAUAAAGCAACAGUAGCUUAACAAGUAUGAGAAGACGAUCGACGUUAUAAUUCCUGAAGAAACACGUCAUCAACGCCAAUAACAAGGCUUCAUUUGGACAGUGAAAUACAGUAAAAUUGCAAAUGGGAGUUCCAAGUAUUAUUGUUCUUGCAACGAAAAAUCCAAGCUUCUGGGAAGUAUGCGAUUUUAGGGACAUUAAGUUAGUUAUUGACGGUAACUGCUUGUACAAUUUAUUGUAUGCAUACUUUAAUAUAGAUACCAUUGGAAAUUUUAGUGAAUAUGCUGAGAAGGUAGAAGUGUUUUUCAUGUGGCUUUUCGACCGUCGAAUAACCCCCUAUGUUGUGUUUGAUGGAGCAUAUGAUAUCGAUGAUAAGAAAAUCGAAACAGUCAAAAGCAGGUCUCAACAACGUGCAGCAAAUCCAGAAGAAAAAGUACCCAUUCUGGCGAAGAUAACGUUUACUAAAGUUUUAGAAAAACUUAGAAUCCAGUACAUAAAAUGUGAUUUUGAAGCUGAUAGAGACAUACAAAUGCUAGCCAAUGAUUUGAAAUGUCCAGUUUUGUCACGUGAUAGUGACUUUUUCAUCUUUGAUGUACAUCACGGUUAUAUACCAUUUGAGUCGUUGCCAUUAAGCGCGAUAUUUGAAGGCACUGAUGACGAUAAAAUAAAAAUUUAUUUCAUUGAGAAUUUAUGGAAAAAAUUCCCAUACCUAAGGUAUAAUAUGGCCUUACUAGCCACUGCCUUAGGGAACGAUUAUCUAAGCAAACACUCUAAUGUUUUACAAAAUGCUUAUCAAAGUGAUAAUUUUAGACUUCCAAGAUGCAAUACAGAAGUUUCAAAUUUAUUUGAAAUUCCGUGUGAAGCAGGUGAACCCUUUUUUAUAACUAUCAGGAAAGUUUUGUACUGGAUAUAUCGUUAUAAUGAUGCUGAGAGAGGGAAAAGACAACUGCUAUACUUUUGCAAGAAGGAUAAGAGAGAAGAGGAAAUGCUAACCCGUUCCCUUAAAGUUUUUACGGAACCAGACGACUACACGAGCUACAAUCUUUAUGAUCUUCUACAAGAAAGACAAUAUGGUGGCCUACAUGUACAUAGGUCCGCUGUUCCAUCACAUGUACCAACUUGGAUUAUUGACAGUCAUAGAAGAGGUUUAAUUUCAGGAUUUGUCCUGAACACUUUAAUCCACAAGAGAGUUUUUCUUUUAAGUCAGGUAGAAGGUACUCAUGAAGUAUCCUCGCACGAGUGCAGUCUUUCAAUUCGGAAAGUAAUAUACGCCUUAUUAUUAGGUACAGAGCCGAGUGUUACCGAACACGACCGAUAUAGAAUGAGUUUAUGUGAAUUCAAAAGAACCGGUGUUAUAUGUCUAACUGGUCUUCUUCGUGGUCCAUACAUACCUAAUAUGCCAAGAGAACUGAAAAUUAAGAUACUAGGAGCAGCUUUAUGCUGCCAAAUCCCAUCUGAAUCAAUAUGUGGAUCACUUGGUCAAACACGCCUAUUUCUCAUGAUAACGACUUACUGGGCAAGAGUAGCUGAACCGGCUAUAAACAUUUACUUUUUAAAAUCAGUUUUGAUAAGCUAUCUUUUGUUUUCAACAAUCAAACGUAAUGAAUUUCGAGAUUUAAAAAUUGAUUUCCGAGACGAUCAUUGUUUAAACCAAAUGAAAUCUAACCUAGUAACAAAUAGUUUUAAAGGAUCGACAAUUAUUUAUUCGAAACAUGUCUGCAGUGACGUUAGACUUAAAGAUUUGUAUUACGCAGUGACGCACUUCGCUGGAAGAGAUUUUAAAACAAAAAGGGAUUACAUACCAAAUAUUAUUCAUACAUUCGCUCAGUUCCAAUCUUGUAUAUUGUAUACAACAUAUCUUAACCAACUAUUGAACAGUCCCUUAGAAAAUGUAAAUCCUGCCUUCGUGUUUAAUGGUAAAUUCCUGCACGACAUUUAUUAUACAAUCAGAGAAAUAAAAGAAGACAUUAUUGGACACUUUUUAGCAUCGGAAAAGAAUCAUUUUGAGAGUUUUAAUAACAUGUUACAAUUUGUUCAGGAGAAUGUGUAUGUAGAAGAUAGGGAAUGAUACUUACGCAUUGUAUAUAGCUCCGGAAUGUCAUGAAACAUGACGUGAUGAUUAAGAUUGUUGUUAA